GUUUAACAAUCAUCCUCAUGAUUGACGCAGUAUAAUAGUAUGUAAAGUAUAUUUAAUAUCAUAUAAGAAAUAAAUAAUUAUUUACUAGUUACAUACAUAAUGUUACAGUGCUGUUUUGCAUGUAAUUAUAUAGAACAAAGAUCAAAAUAUAAUGUUAUAAUAAGAUUAAUUAGAUUCUUUUGUUCACUACUACCGCUGUCGCUAACUAUAGUAUACCGUAAUAAUAGUAGUAGUGUGGGCUAUCACGUUCACUUGAUAACCUCUCUCUCUAUGUGGAAUUUUGGAAGGUUUUAUGAUUUAAGGCCGUUCGCUCGCUAUCUUUUGUUCGAAGCGUGUGUGACUUCAGCGACAAGUAUGGACAAAAUAUGAACUACGAAUACAAGCGAGGAACGCUGUCCCUUCGUCAUGCAUCUAUCGCAUCGGUGUAUAAGCUUGUAUCGUUUAUUUCCCUCUCACGCGUACAUAACAAUUGCUUUCGUGUGAAUUUCAUAGAAAAAAAUGAAAGUUUUCGUAUGUAUACUUUCUUUAAUGGUAUAGAGUGCGUCUCGCUGUGAUCCGUGCUAGAUACGACGUCAGUACGCAUUUGUUUCACGAUAAAGAAUAAUAAAUAUAAUUAACACGUAUGAUAAUUGAUAUAUAAAUUUGCGGAUUUAACGAAAUUAGUUUUUCUAUAUCAUAUCUAUUUACUUGUACAAGCAUUAUCGGCAAUGUAAAGUUUCAGUACUUUAUCGUUUAGUCAGAAUUAAAUUGAAAGAAUUUUGAAAAUACAUUGAAGAAAUAUGCAAGCAUUUGCUCGGUAGUACUUGCGUUGCUGCGUAGUACUAUUGUUUAAAUAUUAGUUUAUUGUAAUUCGUGUACAUUAGAGACUUUAGAAAUGAUUAUCGAAAGUAUUAAUUUAUAAGUUUUUACAUUUAUAAGGGGAUAGUCACGCGUCGAAAUACAAGAGAAAACUAUAUCUUGGACUAAUCGUCAAAGUUAAUGAAAAGAUCGUAUGUGUCGAUAUUAAAGAAGGCCAAGAAAUCUCGUGACGAAAAUUUUUAACUAUUGAAAUUAUUUUAAGUUUUUAACAAUCUAAGUGACAUUGGACAAGAAAGUCUUUUUUUUGCCAUAGAAUCAUCUGUCCAAAGAGUGACCGCAGCUUUUCCAUGCGAGCAUUGUAAGACGCAUUUCUUGAAGCGUCAGUUAUUUACGUACGCUUCAUCGAAAAUCAGUAGUAGGGUUAUGAGCUUCUUCUCUUUUGCCGCAAAUUUCGAGAGAGCGUUGCACUAUACAACUUUUUCUACACGAAAAAUGUCAAAAACAAAAUUUAAACAUUUGAUCGGGCGUUUUAUUCUUGACCCAUUUUUAUGGGCAAAGUCUAAUUUUAAAAACGAAGGUUUUUGAACGAGAACAUGGCCUUUUGAAAUUGUUGGAAAAACUUCAUUUUCGUACAUAAACCAUUUUUAGGAAGAAAUGCAAUUUUUGUUGACCGAUUCACAUUUAUUGUAUGAUCUUCCUUUAUGUGGCAUAUAAGUUUUUCAUCCUGUUUUCCAGAUGUAUUAAUACUUUUACUACGUACAAAAAAAUUUCUGUCACACGCUAAUUCGAUUGUCGAAUUACCCGGGAGAGGGGACUAUGAUCUAAAGCUUGCUUGUAAACCGAUUCAAUAAGCGAUUUAAUGAUAACAGUGCUUACCUAUCCGCCCUUCUAGUUGAUAUUUCAUCCAUGUCUGUCGCAGAAGUCGCAUGUGCGAAAAGUGAUAAACCGACUUUAGUUGUCGUCAAGCGAAACUGAAAAUUUUCUAUAAUUUCUUCUGUCAUAGAUUCUAUAAAUUAUAUUUAUUUAUUGAAUUUAUGAAAAUACCAAUAUGUGCGACGAAGAUGUAAUACGCAGAAGAUUACUCAUAGAUGGGGAUGGUACUGGAGAUGACCGUCGAAUAAAUAUGUUGUUAAAGUCAUUUAUAAAAUGGAUAAACAGUCCUGACGCCGACAACACAUUACACGAGAGAAUGCUGUCGCAACUUGCCCAGUGUGAAUUUGCGCAGAGAAAAUCUAGGCUGGUUUCAAACAUGAGCCAAGAAGAAUUGAAGAGUUAUAGUAAUUUAUCGAAUGAAAUCGAAAUACAAAUAGAAGAAGCCAAAAAAGAAAUAGAAAAGACAAAAGUAGAAUUGCACGAAGCUAAACGUGUAAGAAAAAAUAGAAUAGAGUAUGACGUAUUGGCAAAGGUUAUUAACGAACAACCGGAUAGAUUGGAAACCAAUGAGAAACUUGCUACGCUACGUCAAGAAUUGGGAAAUCUGAAGGAAAAAUCUGAACAAUUGGAGCACAAAUUAGAAAUGCGAAGAAAACAGUUUCACGUUCUGAUAUCCUCUAUACAUUCUUUGCAAGGAAUGUUAGACGAAUGCGACGAAGAAAUAAUGGAUAUUAGUUUAGAAAAUUAUGAAGAUACCGAUACAACUUCUAUGGAAAUGUCUUUACUAGUUUUAGGUACAUGUCUGAUAGUUAAGGAUAAUCUUGUACCUCUUUCUAAUACCUGCCCUUCGUUAUAUUCUAACGCGCACAUAUUCAUAUUUUUGAUUAUUCCCUUUGAAAUAGUAUCGGUACAAGUUUCCGCAAUAGCAUGUUGGGGAAAAUUGAUGCGCACACGUAUAAACACUUUCCUCCUCCUCCUCCACCUGCUCCUCCUCCUCUUACGAAGCACGUACGAAGAAGUAGCGCGCGCGCGCGCCCGCGCAGAGUCACAUACGUAUUACCUGGUAUAUCCAAGCGAAAGACGCACGAUGGCCAGCGAAACGGACGAAAAUAUUGUAAGCGUCGUACUUAAAGAGGAACCUGGAGAUAGAUUCGAUCCGGACUACAUGGAGGAUAUAUGCUCUGGUACUUUCGAGAAGGUAUUUUUACCUAUCGAAAACAGUGAAGUGGAUUUUUCCAAUGAGAUGGUAAAACUCGAGUUGGAAGGAGAAACGAGCGGACAUCCAAAUUGGACGGCACAGAUCACGGCUACUAAUCUUUGCGAGAAAGAAGAUGGCAUACCGCAUAGGUGUUUAAGUGCAGCGGACUUUAUGCAAGCUCAAGACGUUGAAAAACAUCCUGUAUUUUGUGCUAACGGACAGCAGCCCAAAUUUUAUAAGAUUCAAUGUUCCAUCUGCAAGAAAUGGUUUCUUAACAACGAUUCUAUGGUCACGCAUUUGAGAAUGCAUUGUAACGGGAAUCAGUGCGAGGUUUGUCAGCAAAACUUUCAAGACAGUUCCAGCUUGCAUGCGCAUAUGUUAACACACGUCGGUAUGAGUCCACUGGAGUGCAAUGUUUGUCAGAAGAGAUUUGCUUAUAAGUGGUGCUUAAGAAAUCAUAUGCAAAUGCAUUCGAUAGAUAAACCAUAUGACUGUGAUGCUUUGCAACAGGGAUUUAUGAAAAAGCCUGAAGGUAACGACGAGCAGUCGUUGAAUACAGGAGAAAGACCCUUCGAGUGUGACGUAUGCCACGCUACGUUCCGAGAAAAAGGAAAUUUGAAUCGACACAUGCUGAUUCACACCGGUGAGAGGCCCUACAAAUGCGAGAUAUGCUAUGCGGCGUUCAGGGAGAAGGCUAAAUUAAAUAUUCAUAUGCCCAUUCACACGGGCAUGAAGCAGUUCAAAUGUACCAUGUGUCAUAGAUCGUUCGCCCAAAAAACUGCUCUGAACAAUCAUAUGCUGGCGCAUAGCGGGGAAAAGCCGCACGCCUGUAAUAUUUGUGAGAAAACGUACAAGAGGAAAUCGGAAUUGAUCAGGCAUACGAUGGUCCAUACCGGCGAACGACCGUACGAAUGUAAAGAGUGCCUAAUGACGUUUAGGGAAAAGGCUAAGCUAAAUUCUCAUAUGUUGGUUCACACCGGCGAGAAACCCCACGAAUGUCAUAUAUGCCACAAAGCGUGUGCGCGUAAGUCCGAUUUGAACAGUCACAUGUUAUUACAUACCGGCGGGCAAUACGAUUGCAAGGUUUGCGAUAAAAUUUUCACGCGAAAGUCCGAUCUUAAUAGACACACUUUGAUACAUACGGGCGAAAAGCCAUUUGCCUGCGAUCUCUGCGACAUGGCGUUCAGAGAAAAAACGAGAUUAAAUUCUCAUAUGCUGAUACAUACCGGUGAUAAAAGGCACGCAUGCCAUAUUUGUCAGAAAACGUUUAAAGAAAAGUCGUCGUUGAGAAAGCACAUGUUAAGUCAUACGGGCGAUAGACCCUACGAAUGUUACGUAUGUCACAAGGCGUUUACGCAAAAAACUACUUUGAACAGUCACAUUUUGAUACACGCCGGGGAAAGGCCUUACGAGUGCAGUACUUGUCAGAAAAUUUUUAAGGACAAAGCUGCGUUGAAGAGCAUUUAUCGAUGCAUAUCAAUGAAAAAAAUCACGAAUGUUUGAUUUGCUUAAAAAAAUUUAGUCAUAAGGCCGCAUUGAACAGUCACCUGUCGACCAAUCAUACAUCUUAAUCCGUGAAGAUCUAGUCCGAUUUUUCUUUACAUCGAGCGCGCAUCGUAUGCUUCUAUGCACCGUGCCCACCACGGUCUCGUACAAAAAGACAUUACGUACUUUAUUACUUUCUCUCGCACACUAUUUUUUUUUUUUUCCCCUUGUAUUUACCGUGCAGAAAUAAAUUCAUUUUCAAAUUAUUUUUAUAUCCGCUACAUUGGACAUCCGUAAUGGAGAAUUUAAUGGACGAACGAUGUGUCCUUUUCGUUUCCUUUAAAUAUAUAUCAUUUGAAUAUUUUAUCAUCAAUUGACUUUUAUUGCAAUGCGUAAUGCGAGAUGUAGGGAUGUCGCGAGAUCUUUACUUGGAUACAAUUUAAUUACAAUCCAUCGAUUUAUAAGGAACAAUUAUUAUUCCGAUGUGAUGUGUAUUGAAUGAUAAAAGAAAACGUAAAAGAGUACAAUGAAAUGUAUAUUCUAUGUAAAGUUCAAAAUAAUGAGUAUGCAAAUUACGAGGGGGUCAAUAAUAUUACAAUUAUCGUGCGAAUAUGAUAUUUGUCGGGAAUAUGUCGAGGAACCUUUUUUCUUUUCUUUUCUUUUCUUUUCUUUUCUUUUUUUUUCUUUUUCUUUUUCUUUUUUUUUUUCUUUUCUUUUCUUUUUCACGCGCCCUUUCUAGCAUAGUCAUAUUAUGCUAUCGAGUUUUAUUAUACCAUAUUGAAUAUUUGACUGUGAUGUUGAGCCAUCCUUGCUCGAUGGUCCUUUAAGAAUGAAAAUCGAAACGAUUACGACGAAAGAUUUUCCUUUUACGAAACACGAUACAUAUAUCCGAAUGGAGUAAUAUCUUUAUAUGAAGAAGAAAGUAAAAGAAAAGAAAAAAUAAGAGACUGUGGCAAAAAUAUUAUACUUUACUCAUUCCUUCGUUCUGUACACGAUAAAUAUAAUAUAAAUAUAAGUGUUGAUAACUGUA